GAUAAUCAGGACGGCGCAAAAGCGAGCGAACCAAACAGUGAGCUCCCGCCCCAAUUGCACCUGCAUGACACGAACCCUGGUCCGGUGCAUGGGAGCGCCCUUGGCUUACCGUCGCUGUAUACUUGCCAAACCCUCACUCAGCACCCACAAAACCGAUACACGCGCUAGUAGUCCACUCGGCAGAGGCACCCCUGGAAAGAGCAACUCUCAAUUUGCGCUUGCCUAGGAUGCCACGCUAGAAGCCGUGUGCAAUUACAUAAAACAUGUUGCGAAACGUUGAAGGCAGCGACGUGCAGGUGCAGGGCACCAAUGACGACGCGCAAGUCAGCAAAUUGUCGUGCUCACGCAUGGGGUACUUCCGGGACGAAUUCAUUCAGUUCUUCGUGCGCCGCGCCUCGCGGCGAUCUCCUCUUAUCAAUCGAGGCUACUACAGCCGGCAUGCGGCACUGCGGCAGCUGCUGGAGCAGUUCAUCACUGCGGCGCGGGCGGCGGGCAAGCAGCCGCAGGUGUUGGUGCUAGGUGCGGGCUUCGACACCACCUGGUUCCAACUGGCCAAGGACGCGGGGGGCCGGCCGCCGUACAGGUGCCUGGAGGUGGACUUCAAGGAGGUGACGCAGCGCAAGGCAGCCAUCAUCGCAAAGGAGCCGGCGCUGCACGGGCUGCUGCAGCAGGCGGCAGUAGCAGCAGCAGCAGCCGAGCCGGCGGGGGCGGGCGAGGAGGCGGCGGCACCCGAAACGGCAGCAGCACAGCCGGAAGCUGCUUCAUGCUCCGCAGGGGCGGGGAAGGCGGCGGCGGCUGCCGACGGCAGCGGCAGUAGCAGCAGCGGGUCCGGGGCCGGGGCGGUGCACAUCGACGCCGCGGCCGGCUCGGUGCACAGCCCCUGCUACAGCCUGGCUCCGGUGGACCUCCGGGACCUGGGGGCGUUGGAGGCGGCGGCGGCGGCCGCAGGGUUUGACACGCAGGCGCCCACCUACAUCCUGUCGGAGUGCGUGCUUGUGUACAUGGACCCCGCCCAGAGCAGCCCCGUGGUGGGCUGGGCCGGCCGCACCUUCCCCAACGCACUCAUGGCCAUAUACGAGCAGAUCCGUCCCGACGAUGCGUUCGGGCGCCAGAUGGUGUGCAACCUGGCGGAGCGCGGCUGCCCGCUCAAGGGGCUGCCCGCCACACCCACCCUGCAGGCGCACUGCGACAGGUUGACUGCUGGCGGCUGGGCGGCGGCGGACGCCCGCUCCAUGGAUUCUCUGUACCGCACCUUCCUGCCGCACGAGGAGCGGCAGCGCGCGGAGCGGUUGGAAAUUUUUGACGAGCUGGAGGAGUGGCACAUGAUACAGGAGCACUACUGCAUCGCGCUGGCUCGCAACGACCGCGACGGCCUGGUGCCGCCCUCGGCUGUGGGCUUCGACGCCCCCGCCCCAGCACACCGCCUGUCACUGCCGGCGCUGCCGCCGCAGAUGGGGCCGGGGGCGACGGCCGGGGCGGGCGCAGGGGCGGGGGCGGGGCUGUCUCUAGGGCUAGGGCUGAGCCUGGGGCAAGGGAGAGGCGUGGGCGCGGGAGCUGGGGCGGGGUUAGGUGCGGGCCUGAUGCGGCCGUCGGGUACUGGUGGUGUGAUGGGAGGAGGGCGGGUGCUGCCGAAUGCGGACUGAGUAGUGGUGGUGCGGGCAGUGGAACCCGUGUCGUGGCCAAGUUGACAUGUGCGAGAGUUGGCUGGGGCCCGAAUCAGGUUGUGUACAAGUGCGGUGUGCCCGGGAGGAGUUGACUCAGGCGGCAGCAUGGAGGCAGCUGCAUGCACAGGUGUUGGUGGUGCAGCUGGGGGUGUCGAGGUGAGGUGGGAGUUGGAGGGGGGCCAUCCCUGUCAACACUUGCGAGUUGCAGUUGGAACAGGGGGCCGAUGAGGUUCGCCGGAACUUGAACCCAUGCCUGAAAUGUAUGGGGCUUAACGCAGGCGUUCGGAUCCUGCUUUCAGAGUUGGGGAAGGGCUUUCGUGGUCCCCAGAUGUCGGCACCGUGUCAAGACGGAAAGCGGGAAUUGCCCAACGCAACCUGAUGCAAACAUGCUUGGAGUGCCGCACCGAGUGCAUGUGCAGCAAAGGGAAUGUCCGUUCCUGUGUUGUGCCUGGGAGUUGUCGUGUGCACGGGUGUGGAGCGCUAUGUCAAAGUCACAUGUAAGACCCCCGAACG